CAGGACACCAGGAACAGAAUGGAUAAAGUGGUGUUCUGCCUCCUGGUUCUGGCUGGUAUAUGCAGUUUGAAAGCUGAAGUGAAUGAAGAAUUUGUUACAGAUACGACAGCAACAACUCCUGUUACUACAACUCCUCAUACAGAAACGACACACUCUCCUAUUGUAGACUCUACCUCAGACAGUCUGUUAGAUAUCUAUCCUCACCUAACAGAGUCCUUCACAACCACUACAUCCACAGCAGCACCAGAAGAAUCUAGUAAACCUCCUGACCCAACAGUGGCCUUUCACCCUAAGGAAUGCUCAAGUGAAGAAGUUGGAUUUGACCUAGCAUUCUCAUCUGAAAAUGAAUGUGAUGGGGUGCUGUCACCUGCAGAUGUGCAAAAAUUUGGAAGGGCAAUGAAUAAAUUUAGCAUGGACCUUCUGAAACAGGUCGAGCUGGAAUCUCAGAACCCGAAUGUGGUGGUGUCCCCCUUUAGCAUCGCCCUUGGUCUUUUACAGCUGGCACUAGGUGCUGAGAAUCAAACGGAGACGCACAUAUUGGAGGCACUCCAUGUGGAAUCAUUACAAUGUCUUCACGAGAAGUUGCACAAAGUGACAAAGCGACUGGUGAAAAGUUCUUUAAGUUUAGCUACUCGCAUGUACAUCAAGAAAGAUUUUCAAAUUAAAAAAAGUUUCCUUAAGAGAUCAGAAAGGCUUUAUGGAACAAAACCUGUAAACCUCAAGCAGGAUAUGCGGCAGAAUCUGGAGGAUAUAAACAAGUGGGUUAAGGAUGCCACCAGAGGAAAAAUCCCAAACUUUCUUUCCAACAUCCCAUCAAAUAUUGUCUUAAUGCUUCUGAAUGCAUUACACUUCAAAGGAACUUGGAGAAACAGAUUUGACCCUGCCAAGACAGUGCCAGAUGUGUUUGCAAUAAGUGACGAUGAGACUGUGAUGGUGGAUAUGAUGCAAUCACUGAAGUAUCCGUUAAGUUAUUUUACACAUGAGAAGAUAAACAGUCAGGUGGCCAGAAUACCUUUUAAGGGAAACCUGAGUUUUGUUGUUGUAUUGCCAAACAACAUGAACUGGAAUCUCUCAAGAAUAUUGGAUAAGUUGAACAGAACUGAACUUUAUAACAAAUUGCAUAAAGAAAAGCCGACCACUCUGAAAGUUCCAAAACUAAACCUAGAUUUCAAACUGGAACUUGGUCAUGUUUUAUCCAACCUUGGACUUGGAGAGUUGUUCACUAAUCCAAAUUUGAAGGGAAUUUCAGAUGAGCACUUGUUUGUAUCCAGUGUUGAACAUCAGUCCACGCUGCAGCUAAAUGAGGAAGGCGUUGAGGCUGCUGCUGCCACAGCCUCCAUUAUGUCACGCUCAUUGUCUACGUUUAGCAUUAAUCGCCCAUUCAUAUAUUUUUUGUAUGAUGAUAUGACCAGUCUACCCUUAUUUCUGGGGUAUGUUCGUAACCCCAAACCAGGCUCUGAAAAAAAGAGAAAAGAAUCAGUUAUCCCAGAUCAUAAGCCCAUUAGCAAGGGUUCUAUACCUAAAUAAGUGCUUUCUCAGAGGUCACUCCUGAAUCCUCAUUAGGGGCAUCUAGUAAAACUUGUGGAAUGAGUGAUGAAAGGACAAAAAGUUCUGGCAUGGUCUGAUUUGACCACUUUAUUUUUUUUAUUUUUUUCCAUCUCUACCAUACCAUGUGUGCUGGAAAGCCAUACUACUUAAAAUACGGGACUUUCAUAAAUUUGUCAACCUUUUUAUCAAGACAAAUUUUAUUCAUUUUGGAUAUAUUGGUCUUUGUCGUACAAAGUCCUGCUUACAUCAUCCCUUUGGAAAUAACAAUAUUUAUGCUUUGUAUGCAACCAGCUUAUCCCUAUUUUCUUGUUUAAAUAAAGCAAUUGA